UGUAUGUGUGAGGCCGACACCGGCGUUUGGAGGACAGUCAGGUAACUGUAGCUGUAGUCUACUGCGGUUAUCUACAGCAUCAGCGAACAUAACAACAGAUCACCUCCUCCUGCGGUAUGGGCAUCGGCAUAAAGUGCGAUAUAUGACUACAUUCUGGUACGACGGACCGACUGAACCGCAACAUGUCUAGGUUAAAGUAUCACAUGUCAUUGCCUGUGGCAGUGGGUGUCAUGUUGGUGGGGCUUCCAUACUCUAUCUCUCUAGCUGCUCAGUGGAUUUAUGGUUGGCCCAACAAGCCUGGAUAUAAGAAGUACAUAGAAGCACUAAAACCAAGGCGGAUAUACUGCUUGACCAAAGCUGUGCUGGAAACGGUCAAAUAUCUGCAAUAUGGGAGACUCUACUUUCAGUGGAAGUUAUGGUACAGGAAUGACGAAAACCGUAAGCAUUAUGAAAAGGGCAUCCCAUUUGGUCGCAGAAGCAAUAAGCUGGACUUGUACCACCCUCCAAACAUGGGCAGGUCCAAAGAUGUGCCUGCCCCUUUGGUGGUUUUCAUCUAUGGAGGUGCAUGGGGCUCCGGCGAAAAAUCAAUUUACUGUUUGCUGGCCAGGCAGAUGGCUGAGGAACUGAGUGCUACUGUCAUUUGUCCUGAUUACAGCACCUAUCCAAAGGGGAACGUUUUAGGGAUGGUCCAAGAUAUUGCUGACUGCUUGGUUUGGGCCCAAGAGAGUGGACUGAAGUUCAACUUUGACAAAGACAACAUAGUGUUGAUUGGCCACUCAGCGGGUGCACAUUUGUGUGCACUGACCACGCUGUUUCUCAUUGAUGCAAGAGAGGAGCUUUUCAUAGAGGCCAGCAAGCAGAGGGACGUUACACUGGCGAUCAGAGGAGUCAUUGGUCUGAGCGGCGUUUACAACAUCAUGGACCAUUAUGAGCACGAGCGGAAGCGAGGAGUCGAAUAUGUCUCCACCAUGCACAAAGCCAUGAAUGGAGUGGAGAACUUCCCGUACUACUCACCAACAUACUUACUGGAGAACUUGAGCCAGGACAAACUGAGCAGAGUGCCUCCGUUUGCUUUGCUCCACGGGACCAGUGACAUUAUCGUUCCCGCUGAAUCUUCCACAAAGCUCUCUGAGCUCCUCACCUCGCUGUCUGUAAAGGUGUCGCUCUACAUGCUGCCCAGAGUUGACCACACAGAGAUGGUCACUGACCUCAUGGGGCCAGACAGGCACUUCUACCAUCCCAUCUUCAGCUGCAUCAAACAGGAGUACAGAAACUUUUUGGGAAUUUGCUGAUGUCCCAUUAGAUCAGAAAAACAUCCAUUCAUCACUAAUAUUAACUGAUUGUGCCAUACACUUACUUUGUUUACAGUAUCUGCUUUAAUACUUUAUCAAUUUUUUGUGAUUCCAUAAUAAUGAUUUAUAUUUUGUACAGUUUUGUGAUUGUAAUCCAGGAGUUACUUCUAAUUGAUUUUCAAUCUGUAAUCUAAAAAAGCUUUCUAAAUGGACGCAAUCUGGAGAACAUCAUUGUAAUGAUGUAGAGAUGUUAUCCAGAUUGAAGUCGUGAAGCAAUAACAGUAUUAUGAGAAAGGAGUAAAGCACAUUAAUACAUACAUAGUAUUGAAAUGUGAGUCCAAUUAUCAAAACUGUACUUCUACUUAAAUCACAACAUUUUGAUUCAUUAACAUGGAUGUUAUUAUCAAAUGAAGCUUUUCCUUGAUUUAUUGUAACAUCUUGAAUAACUAUUUAUUGAUCCUGGACACAUUAAACCCACCAAAAAGAAC